AUGCAUAAGUGUAUAGUGUGCGGCAAUAAAUCUAAUACCACCAAAGUCAAUCGUCCAGGAGUAAUAUAUCACGGAAUACCCAAGAACGCAUACAUGAGAAGAAAAUGGCUAAAAGUUUUUGGAAUUGAUCGUUGUCAUGAUUGGCAACGGAUAUGUAGUGAUCAUUUUUUAGAAGAAAACUAUAAGCCAGGAAAAAAGCGAUUUUUAUUUUCAAAUGCUAUUCCCCAACCUUAUGAUCAAAAUGGUUUUCCUUCUAAUGAUGCUACUCAAAGUAAUGAUAUUGAAAUUGAGAAUAAUGUAAUUUUACCAAUUGAACAAAAUAUGCCGGUCAGACCAUACCUUAGGAUCUGGAUUACAAUGUUCCGUUAA